AAUUUCUCUUCCUCUCCCUCUCUCUCUUCGACGACGUCGGCGAGAGCUAGGGUUUGGUGCGCCACCGCCGUCCGCCAUGGCAGAGGCCCCCCAGUACCAGAUCCUGGUGCGGCUCCUCGACGGGCGCACCCGCUGCCUCCGCUUCACCACGCCCACAGUCUCCGGCGCCGCGCUCCUCGACGCCGUCGCGUCCCUCUCCCGCGUUCCCGCCGCCGCCCUCCGCCUCGUCACCGGCCGCCUCGACGUCUCGCCCUCCGCCGUCCUCACCUCAGCCGCCUACGGACAGUUCCCCUCGGCGUCCGCGCUCCUCCGCCUCCGGGGAGGCAAGGGCGGGUUCGGCUCCCUUCUCAGAGGGGCCGCCUCCAAGGCAGGCCAGAAGAAGACCAGCAAUUUCGACGCCUGCCGCGACAUCAACGGCCGCCGUCUCCGCCACGUCAACGCCGAGCGCCGCCUCGAGGAAUGGAAGGCCGAGGCCGCGGACCGCCAGCUCGAGAAGCUCGCCGAGGACUUCAUCAAGAAAAAGGCCAAGGAGGCGGGCCGCGGCAAAGGGCCCUCAGCUGCCGAGGUGGACAAGUACCUUGAGAAGUUCCGCAAGGAUGCUGAGAUCUGCGUCAACGCUGUUGAGGAAUCCGUGCGUGCAUCUCUUGGGAAGAGGAAGACCGCGCCUAAGCCGCCCCCUGGGGCAGACUCCAAGAAGCUUAGGAUUUGGUUGGGAAAGAAUAAGGUAGAAGAUGAUGAAAGCGAUAGUGACAGUGAUGAGGAUGAUGAGGAUAGAGAAGGUGAUGAGGGCACAGAUGCCAAAUCUAUAGUUCUUGAUGAUGGGAAUUGCUCGAAUGGAUCCAGCAAAAGUGACGACAAGAAGCAUGAUCUGGGUUCAGUUUCUGGGUCACAUUCAGAAGGAGAGUCCUCAGGUGAAAAGUCCGGGCACAAUGAUUCAGAAGAAAACGGAAAAUGUGUUCAGUCAAUUGUGGAACUAACAAUGAGAUCAGAGGCUGAAGGUGGUGAUUUUGAAUCUGAUGGUAGUGUGGAAACUGAAGUUGGAAUGGUGGAUCAGCCCAUUUCUGAGAAAUCAGAUGAAGUGAAAGCAGAUGUGGAUAACACUGCUUCAGCGGCUUUAGACGAAGUGAAAGCAGAUGUGGGUAACACUGUUUCAGCUGCAUCAAAUCAAAACAACCCAGAGGUGCCUCAAGUAGAAGAAUCUGCUGAUGUAAACAAAUCUUCUCCUUCAGAACCAUUAGACCUGGCAAAGUAUAGUUCAGCUGCAGAAUUGGAGACUCUUGGCUUGGAGAAGCUCAAGAUGGAGCUACAAACUCGCGGACUAAAGUGUGGUGGAACUUUGCAGGAGCGAGCUGCACGACUUUUCCUUCUGAAGACAACCCCACUGGACAAGCUACCAAAGAAGCUGCUCGCAAAGCCUGCCGCUGGGGGAAAGUGAGCAGUAGUAGCAAACAUAUAACAAGUUCAACGAUUAAGGAAACAAAAAUGUAAUGUUCAAGUUGUAUUUGAAGAUACUGGAGUCUGUUGUAAUGUAUCAUAAGCCUUUAACUUGGCUUUGGAAAUUAAUGAGAUGUGUCUGUAUAUUAACAGCAGCUCGAUGUUUGUUACUAAUACCACUCCAAGCCAUAA